AUGAUUUUCCCGAGUUGGCGCUCCUCACCUUGCGCUCUUAUUAUAGAUCAAUAUAGGUCUCACAUAACAUCUCCUGUUGUUGCUAAAGCUUCCAAACUCAAUAUAGAGCUCAUCUACGUUCCAAAGUCUGGUACUGACAAAUACCAGCCUCUUGAUAGGCGUGUAUUCGGAGCUGUGAAGGCAAAGUAUGCAAUGAAAGUUGCUGAUCGCAUCUUUGAGAAUUCGACUCCUAUCUCCAAACCAGAAGCUGCUUCCUGCUUUAUCCGAGCAUGGAACACAGUCAGUUUAGCCACAUUGAUAACUGCUUGGCGCAUUCCAGGUUCAAACCUAGACAAUUUCGAUCAAGAAACUCUAGGAGCGCAAGCAGAUGAAAGCGAUGAUGAAAAUUCCUCUAGUGAUGGUGAAUUUGAGGAGGAUGACGAGCCUUAUUCCGAUAAUGAAGAUGAUGACGAUUACCAUCAAUAA